AAAUUUAUAAAGUAGAGAAAUGAUGCUCAACGUUAGGUUUGAUGAAUAUAUAAGAUGAUCAUGGAAGCAGUGGUUUUGCAUCAUCAGUAAAUACUUGCAAGAACACAAAUUAUCAAAGUUUUCUGCCUCCUCCAUACCAGAAUAUAUCCAAUAUGAUAUGCACACCUGUAUGGCAUACAUAUGAAUUGAGGUAUCUUCAAAAUGAUCAAACAACAACUAUCAUAUUAUCUGCUCCCUACACUCUAGGAUGGGUUGGAAUUGGAUUUUCAAAAGAUGCCAUGAUGGUUGGUUCAAGUGUGAUGGUUGGAUGGAUUAACAAACACGGCCACUCGAAAAUCAAGCAGUUUUACUUGCGCGCCAAGAAACCGUCAGAAGUCUUAGAAGACAAAGGUGAACUGCCACUAAAUAAUUUGCCUGCAGCAGUGGCAACCAAUGGAGCUGAAAUUCAUUUGGCUUUCCAGUUGAAGAUGGAAAUUCCAUUGGAGAGGCAACAAGUUCUUUUGGCUUUUAGUGUUAAAUAUCCCAAGAACAAUAACCAUCUUUCCAAGCAUGAUGACAAAACAUCUUUUGUAUUUGAUUUUACUUCAGAUUCUAAGGGCCCUUUACCAUCAUCCAAUGAGUUGAUUCAGAUGAGGAAGAACCAUGGAAUUGUAGGUAUAAUAGGAUGGGGUCUAAUCCUACCUAUGGGGGUGAUCAUUGCUAGAUACUUCAGGCAUAAAGAUCCUCAGUGGUUCUAUCUUCAUGCAGCCAUUCAAUUUGUUGGAUUCACAUUUGGUCUUGUUACAAUCAUUCUUGGAUUGCAACUCUACACCAAGAUGAAUGCUCAUAUACCAGCUCACAGAGGCAUAGGCAUUUUUGUCUUUGUACUAAGCAUUCUUCAGAUAUUGGCAUUAUUUUUGAGACCAAACAAGGAUUCAAACAUUCGAAGAAUCUGGAAUUUGUACCACAAUUGGUUUGGAAGGUUGGCAAUGUUAUUUGCAACCAUGAACAUAGUGUUGGGAAUACAAGCUGCUGGGGCAGGAAAAGAAUGGAAGAUAGGCUAUGGAUUCCUUUUUGGUAUAACAGUUGUUGUAGCCAUUGUUCUUGAAGUAUUAGCAUAUUUGAGAAGACAAGAGAUGAAAUCUUUGCCUCCAAACUUCCAAAUAGACCCUUUUAGAGGAAAAUCUACAUUUCCAACUCAUCUUUAGUGAAAGCAUAUUUUCUGUUUUAUUUUACUUUCAUUUUAAUUCAUUUUUUAGAGCAUGUGCAUAAACAUUGCCAUUCCAACAAUACUGUUUGUUGUAGUCUCACAAUUUGCAGAAACAAAGUUUUCUGCAUUAAAAAAAUGUACUAAUCAUUGUAAUUGAGGCACUUUGAAAUCAAUAAUUCAAUAUAAACAUGUACAAAGCUUAGUGAAAUCACUAAGAUUAAAUGUUUAAAAACAAAUAUAAACUUAUGCAUCAUAAUUAAGUGGAUAUAUGAUGUGAAGAAAAUACCUACCUGCAUUGCUGCACAUAUCUAUAUGCUUACAAUGAAAACAAACUAUAUACAAUAAUAAGUUUCAGCCUUUUGCUUAUUGUAUUUAAAAAAUAAUUAUCUUUAUUAAUAUGUUCACAUUAUUUCAGUUAUAACAACUCAAAAACCAGUCAACCAAAAAAGGGAGGAAAAAAAAAGAAGGAAAAAAGAAAAAGAAAGAGA